AGUUCUUUGUGUAUUUGCCAUGAACACGUGGCUUUAGAUUCAACUAGAAAAAGCUAAGUAAAGGGUGUUCAGAAUCUUUUCAUCUUGUGCUGUAUUUGUGAGAGAAUAAGAAUAAUGAAACAGAAAGAAACCCUUGAUUUCCUGAUGCUUUGUGCAAUAUUUGACAUCAUGCUUCUUCUUUCUCCAGAAGUGUGUCAUACUGUCCACGGGUGAGAGCGUUUACAGAACCAUAGUCAGCAACAGAGCUGAGGAGCAGCACAAGGUUGGCCAUGAAGCUGUUUCCUGUCCGCCAAUUGAUCUGGUCGGGUUUCCUGGUUUUGUGGGCGUCCAAAGUGAUAGAGGGCUACAAUCAGGAUGUCUGUCAGGAGGAAUUGCAAAUGUGGCCGCUGUAUGUACAGAAUUCUUCACUCCAGGACUUUAUUUUAAUGGACAUGACUACUGUAAAUGAAACCUUUACCUGCCUCCUUUACCCAACAAAUCUACUCAACUGCUCCUGGUCAUUUGACACUUUACAGAAGGAUACUCAGCUUUCUGUCCACAUCAGUGUUUGUCAUGGUAACACAUCGGUUCAGUCCCUGAACUAUUUGUCUGAGGAAAGAGUUGGAUCAGAAGCUUUGGUUCUGCUGCAGCAUGACAACCUAUAUGUCAUAAUCCAAUUCAACAUGUCCCUGCAUGACAGCUGGAAGCUUUACACCUACAAAUACAACAUAGACAAACUAGAGGUCCUAUCCCCACCCGUAAACGUCACUGCAACAGUCAAAGACGGAGGCCUGUUGGUGACAUGGGGGCCACCAAACAAUCGAUCACGCCCCUCAUGUUUUGAAUACCAGCUGGACCUGGGUGACCAGGAAACACCGAAACAGUGGAGCGGGCAGCUGUCUUAUACAGAGCUGAAUGUAGAUCCCACCCGCACUUACAGAGUGAGGAUGAGGACAAGAAAGGUGGACAUAUGCAUUAAAUUUUCUCAAUGGAGUGAAUGGAGUCCCACUGUCACGGUGGAACAGUCAGUUUACAAACUCAACACUCUUUUGAUCAUCUUGAUUUCACUUGGAAUACCCAUGAUCCUCCUCGCUGUGCUGCUGUUGGUGCGUCAUCAGAGGGUGUCUAAGCUUCUGUUUCCUCCGAUUCCUCGGCCCCCGCCAAAGUACACAUAUUUCCUGGAAAAAAAUGAGACAUUCAAUUCUUUCUAUCCUGCCCUGUCGCCUAAGGCUGAGGAGGAGAUCACAGAGGUGGAGGACACAGAGUAAAAGCCUGGAAUGUCAUUUUAAAAGCAAUAUGGGAUUCACAUUCAUAUUUAAUAAACACCUGAGGUCACGUCUAACUCUGUUCACUCCCAGGUGCAUUUUAAUACAAAAUGUCCUUUCAGAAACUCGCAUAAAUGUGUUGAAUGCAUGUAUAUGAGUGUGGGUGUUUUGAUAAAACACACUCUUCACACUCACUUGCUCUGCCUGAAUUAGCUGGUUAGCUAGUCCUGAAAUUUGGAUCUAGUGUUUCCACAAAAUGUGUGUAACUAUUUGUGUGUGAAAUAAAGUUGA